UCAAAAGCACGUGCUAUAAGUAAACAGAAUUAUUUUUAUUCGGUACCGGGUGCUAGUUGAGUAAUCUUAAAACUUGAAUUACAGCCAUAAAUUCAGCCACAAAAUGCCCCUGCAGAGACUGUUUGUGGGCAACAUACCAGCUGGCACCAGCGAGCAGGAAUUGAAGCAAGAAUUUUCCGCCUACGGCCCAGUGAAGGCGAUCGAUUUGAAGUGCAAACCCAACCCGCUGAACGAUUCGGUUGACACGUUUGCCUUUGUCAACAUCGAAUUGGAUGACCGGGCUGUGGGGCGUUGUAUCACCGAGUUCCGGCAGGAACAGUACAAGGGUGUUUUUCUGAAUGUGUCGAAAGCGAAAGAAUCUUUUCUGGAUCGAUUGAAGCGAGAACGGGAAGAGGCAGAAGCUGGCAAACUUAGCAGUGAGCGUCUCAAUCCGUAUAAAAAAUGCGACACAAGUGCUGCUGUGCGGAAGGAUGAUCUAGUUGAGCCGCUCCCGGUAUUACCGACAAUUCAGAAGGAGGUCGAAUCUUCCAGUUCCGGGUCGAGUUCGGAAAGUGAAGAUGAUGGUCCUGAACCGGCUAAAACUUCUGUUGUUCGAAAACCAAAGGCAAAGGAGGACGACGAUCAACUGGUUCGAAAGUGGAAUCAGGAGACAUUUAUUGAGCAUGGGAAACUGAAAAUUGUGCCUAUCACAGGACAGGUGAAGGAAGUGAUAGAUAAAAGCAAGAAUCGAAAGAAACAAGAAAAGGAUCUGGAUGAAAAAGCACGGUUGGCUGAUGAAAAGCGAAAGCAAGGCUUAUCAAACUUGCAAAGUGCAUACGAGCAGCAGAAACAGGCAAUUCAGAAGGCACUGGCCGGGGGUGAAGCGAGUAAAAGAAAAAAGAUUGUUUUUGAUGAUGAUUCGGAGGAACCGGCUAGAAAGCAUUCCAAAGUAGCACUAUUCAAUGACGAAGAUGAGGAGGAUGGGUUCAAGGCGAAUUUUGCGGUUCGAAAGCAGCUUGCAGAAAACACUGAAAAAGGACAACGGUUGUUCGAGAUGCAAACACAGUUUCAUGGGGAUUCACGGUUCAAGCUGGACGAACGUUUCCUGGCUGAUGAUUCUACUGAAGUUCGAAAAAGUGGGAAUGGUAUUCUAGAUCGAAGCGGAGCAAAAUCGGGAAACCACGAGAGGAAGAAGCAGCUUGAAAUACUUUCAAAAGUCACCGGGAAAGAGAUACAUGAUAGAUCACAGUUCAGUCGUGAUGAGUCCGGCCGAAAGGUGAUGCAACGGUUUGAUCCUUCUACUAAUGAGAGCAAGGUUUCGGAGCGACCGUCGCGGAAAGAGAAACAGCCAACCGACGAAGAUUUGAUUGAAGCGAAAAAAGCGGUUCGUCCAGCUGAAGAUUACAAAGUAUCAGAAGACACAUUCUACAGUGUGUCGGACAGUAUCACUCAGGUGAUUGGAAACGCUUCCGGGGAAUUUAGCUUGCUUUCAAUGUUUGGAAAUGCUGCAGCAGCUGAUGAUGACGGUGAAGACGUCGAACGUGAGAACCAGGACCUUGGAAAGCCUGUAUUCAGUGAUGCUCGAUUCAAAUAUGAAUCAUCCGCUAGUGAAGACGAGGAAGGUCCCCAGGAGAAGGCGGCUGGAGACAGUGAGCCAAAGCUGCAAAUUCAGGAAGCUGAAUUAGAAGUGAAGAAGCAGAAGAAAAAAGCCGGUUAUUUCUCUAAGCAGGGAGUUUGGAAGGAGAACUUUUUCUUCCUACCCAAAGACCCUCGCUUCGAGGAAGGUAGGAAAUUAUUUUUCGAGUUUGCCAGUAAAGUUGCUGAUGCAGCUGUAGGAAGAGAUGAACAGAGGAAGGAUAUUCGUAAAAUUUUUAAGAAACGUAGAUUGCGUGAAACUAAAAAUGUGAAUCAAAUGCGAGUAAAGCGGGGUUUGAAGUUAGUGAAAAAUAAACGAAGAUAAGUGGUUUAUUUG